AGUGAAUUUGUGUGCUGUCAAGUGUCAAACGUCAAAAAUAAUAAAAAUAUCUGUUCUGUAUGUCAAAAGUGACAAAUGGCAAACCACUAUGAAGUCCCAAAUUGGGCAGGCAAACCCCCCGUAGGCUUGCACUUGGACGUCCUAAAGGGCGAAAAGCUCAUCCAAAAGCUCAUGAUCGACGACAAGAAGUGUUAUUUAUUCGGUCGCAAUGCUCAAAUGAACGACUUCUGCAUCGACCAUGCCUCCUGUUCUCGAGUGCAUGCAGCCCUCGUUUGGCACAAACACUUAAACAGGGCGUUUUUAGUCGAUUUAGGCAGCACCCAUGGCACCUUCAUAGGAUCAUUAAGACUUGAGGCGUAUAAACCCACUCAGUUGCCUAUUGAUUCUAGUUUUCACUUUGGAGCAUCUACGCGAAAUUACACGAUCAGGGAACGGCCCCAGACCGGAAUGAGACCCAUCAUUGAUGAGAUUGAGAAAGCCGGGGAGGAGACGGAGGGCGGACUUCUGGGCUUGCCUGAAACGGAGACAGAGCUUGAUAACUUGACGGAGUUCAACACAGCCCACAACAGGCGGAUUUCCAUGCUGGGAAUAACCGAUGACACGGAGAAGCGAAACACGAAUCGCAAGCGGAAGCGACAGUACGUGUCGUUCAACGAGGACGAGGAAAUCAUCAACCCGGAAGAUGUUGAUCCAAGCAUUGGCAGGUUCCGAAACUUGGUACAAACCACAGUGGUACCUUCGAGCGUGAAGAGGGCUAAAUUUGCCGCCGAUAACAUAGGAAUUUCGACAGAAUUUAAGCCUCCGAAGCCGAUGCAUCCGACCACUCCUGAUUUGUAUAACGAUCUUCCUCCUGAAUCGCAUGCUGCGAGCAGUUCAGGUAACUUAAGUAUUUACAGUUCUUUGAGCUCGCGGUUGGGUAUGGUGUUGCCCAAUCCGGCGCCCGACGUGGACAUGGGACAGAACUUCGCCCCUCCGACGCCCUUUGUACCUCCUCAGGUACAAAUUUCUGAUUCGAUGGAACCCAAGAAGAAGAAGUACGCGAAGGAGGCGUGGCCCGGGAAGAAGCCCACGCAGACGCUGUUGGUGUAAACUGUUAAGUUUCAAUGGAGAUUCGUUUAGCCAAGUUUACUGGUUUCUAUUUUUUCCUUUUGAUUUGCAUAUCGUGAUUGGUAAAAUCCCUGACCAGUGUAAGAUGUGCUAUAUUGAUGCCUUUAGUAAAGUAAGAAUUUAUUUUGUGUUAUGUUGCUUUUUCGUUUAUCGUGAGAUAAAAUGGACGAAUUGUAAAAUAUGUACAGUUGAUUGGUGUAUAAUUUUUUAUGAUGUACUUGACAAGAGCGUACUAUUAUUAAUUUUCACCCAAUAAAAUAGAUAAUACAAUG